AUGAGCAGAUGGGCCCCGUUUGGGAGUAAGGCUGCCGGUGUGGGGACGUACGGGACCAGGACGCACACCCGCACACUGGUACUGCUGCUGGUACUGCUGCUGGUACUGUCCCUGCCCCGGGUGGAGGGGGGCCAAGGCGCGCACAGGGACCGGCGGAGGCACGCACAGGUCGCGCUGGAUGGUUCGAAGCCAGUGGCGCAGGGAGGGAGAGGGGGGACCGGGGGGGCCCUGGGGAGGCACGCCAGGAGCUACAACCAUCUCCAGGGAGACAUCCGCAGGAGGAAGCUGUUCUCCUUCCAGAAGUUUUUCCUGAGGAUUGAUAGGAACGGGAAAGUCAACGGGACGAAGAGCAAAGACGAUCCUUUCAGUGAGUAA